AUGCUCCCUACAAUCGAGUACGAGACCCUCCGCGACUUCAGCGGCUUGGACACUAUCCGUCAAUCCUGCGUAUCGCGGAGCAAUGGAAUCCAAGUAGACAAUUUACCCAUUCCUGGCUUCGAAGCGUUGGGAUCGCUAGAGUCACAACUACCAGAAGGCUCCUUGGUGAAGAAUGAUCUGCCCAAGUCUUCACCCGGCGUCACUGCAGUGAUGGAAGCCUGCCACAAACUUUCACAUGAAGUCUUCAAGAACCUCAGCCACGCCCUCGAACUGCCUUGGGAGAAAUACCUAGGAGAGAUGCAUGAGUUCACGGCCCCUAGUAUGGACAGUUUAAAGACCUUCAAGUCGAGAGAGCCAAUUCGUAAUGAAUGGUCGACUUUGACGAUCAUUGUCAAUACAGCAUCUCUACAGUCAGCAACAGUGCUGUAUGGUACCGCGCUCUCCGUCUUCGCUGAAGGUGCCACGGCGGUGGUCAACGGCGAGACAGUUGACACUAACCUGUUGUCACAAGGACAAGGUGUCGCGGAUGGUAGUUGGCUGGUGUACUACGUGAGCCCUAACAAUGAUGUGUUCUAUACCCGGACUGCUGGCGCUUUAAUGAGUCCUCUCAGCUCCGAUGAGUAUGAACGUAGAAUUCGUGUUCGGGAUCUGUACCCAUUGGCUUAG